AUAAGUUUGCAAUUCUUUUCCUUAGAAUUAAAAAGCUUUUUGUUUUUCCUUUUUUUUCAAUAAAUUGGGUCUGAUUUAAUGCAAGCUCAUCAUACGAAACGUCAACAUUUUACCACAGCUGUUCUACUCGUAUUAGCGACCUAAUAUUCAUCUCUUUCGCACAUAUAAUGAAGAAAGGUGUUGUUUUAUAUUUGCAGAAAAUAUUGUGAAUGUUGGAGAUUUUACAAAUAUAUUCAAUGAAUUUCUUCAGCGGGCGUCCCCAGUUUUUAAUUGUCAAAUUGCAUAUAAUAAAAUAGUCGCAGAAAAAACCAUAAUUCAGUUCGGGAACGUAGUGUGUAACUAAAAAGUAGGAACAAAUAUUUCCGCAUUGGAAACGUCUUUUCUGCCUGACUUAUUGUUUGUGGGCUGGAGCAAUAGAAAUUGCAAUGUAUUUUAGAAUUAUUUUGAACACCAUAGUUGAAGUUGGUGUUUCAAAUUAGUCGGAAACAAAAUCAUAAUUGUUGAAACUAGUUCAUGAGACGGUCGAGAAAAUGAAUAUCAGCAGCUACAGAUUCUAAAUAUCUCAAGGUGUGUGCGUGUGCUUGCACAAGAAGAAAGUGGAGGUGGAGCGGCUUCGCAUGCUUUUGUUUUUUUCUUCUUGCUCUUGUGUCAAAGUGUUUUAUUUUUGGAUAAAAUAAAAAUAUAAAACAUUCGAAAUAACAAAUACCACAAGAAUUUCCUUGGCCUUCUUUAAGGCUUAGAUAGAGGGCGGAGAGAAAGGCAACGGACUUGUGAUUUCAUGAAAGAAAAAAUAAUUGCCAGAGCUUAAGAAAUAAUUUAAGUAUAAUGGAGACGGAGAAGUUACGCAUCACGCUGAGUAAUCCGGAAAAAGUGUAUUCUGCGGGAGAAACUAUAAAGGGUGAAAUUUGUAUAAAUAUAACAAAGCGAACCAAGAUACGUGCUAUUAAGGUACAAAUCACCGGCAAGGGAAAAUGCAAAUGGAUAGAAAUAUUACGUAAAAACUCGAAUAAUGAAUCUGCGCGUAGCCUAUUCUACUCCAGCAAAGAAAUAUAUGCGCACAAUGAGCACACACUGCCAGUCUUCGAGCCCCGCGCCAUUGAAUUGAACCCUGGCGAACAUACUUUUGACUUUUCCGUGCCACUCGAGUGGAAUUUACCAUCUAGUUUUAAAGGUAUCUACGGCUCAAUCAAGUAUAAAUUACGUAUACUCAUACAGAAACCAUGGACUUUUGGCGAGCGUCAUAUAAUACCACUAACGGUGCUGAAACAUAUGCCGCUCUCUCCAUGCUACCGAUUGAAUCCAACCCCACUGGAAAAGCAAGUUACUAAAGCAAUAAGCCUGUUCGGCACACGACCUAUUACAAUGCUGGCACUACUGCCCGAAGAUUCAGCGGUGCAUGGUGAACCAUUACGCAUAUGUGUUACCGUCACAAACAAUAGUACGACUAACGUGGAAAAGUUACGCUUUAGCAUACUACAGCAUAUCUGGUAUUAUAGUCAUGUGCCGUUGCGGGUGCAGAAAAUGGAAUGUAUUACUAUAGCGAAUAAAGAGACUGGUGCAGUGCACAAGAAGAGCGAACGUUCUUUCGCUCAUGAACUGAUGAUACCGCCCACAGCGCAGCCCACAGACGAUGAGUUCAGCGGUGUAAUACACAUAUCGUAUCAGUUGCGCGUGGAAGCGGUAUUGCGUGGGUUUUUUAAGAAUAUCGUACUUAAUUUACCAUUUAAGGUGUAUUCGCAUGGUGCGAGUGAGACGCUAAAUAAUCUAUCAGGCGGUCCACCUCGACCACCGCCACGGUAUGGUAAUCGUAGUAGUGUUAGUAUUGGUAUGGUAGCAAAUGUAACCGCUGGCGGUGUGGGUAAUCCCUUUGAGAAUAACACUACCCCAUUAUGUAUUGCAACCUAUCCAUCACUUGACUCAUCUAUCGGUUCACCAUCGCACUCAUCACAAUAUAGCGAGUCCAGUUCGAUACAUUCAAUAACCUCGGAUUCCUCUGCAGCGACGCUAAGUCCCGCAGUAUGUGGUGCCGAAUUGUCAUAUGCUUCUGGUACAUCAUCACAAUUCAAUAGUCCCUCAGCGCGUGCCAGCUUACGCAGUAUAACGGUGCCGUAUGUCAGGUAUCCGCCGAGUAGCAGUCCGCUCAUGAUCAAUUCCUAUCCACCAGCACAAGUGCCAACUUAUCCGCUGUCGGAAUCACCGGGCUAUUCGCUAAUGCAGUUGCCAGCAGGCGUGUCACCACCACCACCUCCAGCCACGCCACCCGUUGGGGCAUCAUCUAGCACGCUGGCUCGCCAGGAAUCUUCCACUUCAGCGACGCCAUCCACAUCGGCGGCUGUGAGAACAUCAUUUUUGCAUGGACUACAACCGCCAGGAGCUCAUGAACUGCCACCUUCCUAUGAAGAACUCUUUGGAGCUGCACCCACAGAAACGCCGAAAUGAUACAGUGACUUCUACUAGGAAUCUGUAUAAAAUAUUUCAAUAAAACUCGUUAUAAGGCGUCAAAAGUUACUACACCCACCAGGAAUGCAAAUACAUGAUAGACUUGCUGGGCACACAACACGUGUGCUGAAUAAAAACAAAAAGAAAUAAGCACUGAACAAAUUAGUUUAUAAAGCAGAAAGGAUUUUUCGUUUUUGGCAGCUAAGAACGAGAAUUUAAAUUUCCAAUAAUGUAUAAAUGAUCUGAUACGAAUGUAUGGCAAAAUAAAUUUAAAUUUAUUUUAUGUAAUCACGGCUAAGCCGAUAUACAUAUACAUGUAGUUGUAACAGCUAAAUUAACCACUGACUAUGCAAUGUUUUUGCACAAUAUUUAUGCACAAAAUAUCUUAUUUUUAUGGCUUGAAGCUUAAUACGAUAAAAUCAAGUUAAUAGUAAGUGAACUAUCAAAUAGAAGAAAAUAUAAUUAAAUAUAAUACAUAUAUAUACCUACCUACAUAUAUAUUUAUAUAUAUAAAUAUAUAUUAAAUAUACAUUCUCCAUCUCAAAUAUAAUUAUUCUAGAAAUUAUCAAAGAAACUCUUCAUAGUAUAUGAACGAAUUGCAAUUAAAUGAAACUUACAGUAAAGUAGCAUUA